GCUUUGCCACUUCCUAGAUGUUUCCUCAGGCAAGUCAGUGGUCCUGUUGUGCCUCAGUUUCCCCAUCAGCAUAGCAGGGAUGCUGGUGGCUACAUGGACACCUCCUGGGGGGUCUGUGAAGAUGAACUGGGUUAACCCCAGACCUCCCCAGCCUGGGGCAGUGCUGUGGAGCGUGCUGGGGCCUGCGCUGCUUGCAGGGGGCUGAGCCGGAGGCUAAUGAGCAGGUGAGGCCACAGCACAGACGGAGGCUGAGCUCAGCGUCUGCUCUCUGUGGAAAUGGCCGAGCCUGGGUCUCAGGGCCACACUGCCGGACCCUUGCUGCUGCUGCUGCUGUUGCUGCUCCCACCCCAGGCCCUGCUAGAGGGGCCGCUGCUAUUUGUGGCUCUGGUGUUCCGCCAUGGCGACCGGGCCCCACUGGCCUCCUACCCCACAGACCCACACAAGGAAGCUGCCUCCACCUUGUGGCCCCGAGGCCUGGGACAGCUGACCAAGGAGGGGAUCCGACAGCAGCUGGAGCUGGGCCGAUUUCUGAGGAGGCGUUAUAAGGCCUUCCUGAGCCCGGAGUACAGGCGUGAAGAGGUGUACAUCCGCAGCACAGACUUUGACCGGACGCUGGAGAGCGCACAGGCCAACCUGGCUGGGCUGUUCCCCGAAGCUGCCCCUGGAAGUCCUGAGGCCGACUGGAAGCCCAUUCCAGUGCACACAGUGCCUGUGUCUGAGGACAAGUUGCUGAGGUUCCCCAUGCGCAGCUGCCCCCGAUACCAUGAGCUGCUGCGGGAGUCCACAGAGGCCGCUGACUACCAGGAGGCCCUGAAGGGCUGGACGGACUUCCUGACCCGCCUGGGCAACUUCACGGGGCUCUCCCUGGUUGGAGAGCCACUCCGCAGAGCGUGGAAAGUUCUGGACACACUAAUCUGUCAGCGUGCCCAUGGUCUCACCCUUCCAUCCUGGGCCUCCCCAGACGUCCUGAGGACUCUGUCACAGAUUUCAGCUCUGGAUAUCAGGGCACAUGUGGGCCCACCCCGGGCAGCAGAAAAGGCCCAGCUGACAGGGGGGAUUCUACUGGAUGCCAUCCUCAGCAAUUUCUCCCGGGCCCAGAGCCUGGGGCUGCCCCUCAAGAUGGUCAUGUACUCAGCUCAUGACAGCACCCUGCUGGCCCUCCAGGGGGCCCUGGGCAUCUACGAUGGGAACACCCCACCUUAUGCUGCCUGCAUGGCCUUUGAGUUCCGGGGGAGCUCCAGGGAACCCGAGGAGGAAGAUGGAGAGAAUGUCACCAUCUCGCUCAUCUACCGAAACGACACCUCCAGCCCACCCCUGCCACUGAAGGUUCCCGGGUGCCCGGCCCCCUGUCCGCUUGGGCGCUUCCAGCAGCUGACUGCUCCAGCCAGGCCUCCAGCUCAUGGGGCCCCCUGCCAUGGUUCCUAUGAGUCUACCAGCCCCCCAGCCACGGUGCCCCUUCUGGCCGGAGCUGUGGCUGUGCUGGCUGUGCUGAGCCUGGGGCUUGGCCUACUGGCCUGGAGGCCCAGCUGCCUGAGGGCCCUGGGAGGGGCUGUAUGAGGGGGGACGUAUAAACACAAAAGCACCCCCUCAGCUGACACUGGAUCCCAACACGUGUGCUCACCUGC